AGCCUUUCUAUUCUUCAGACCUAAGCAACUGUAGAAGUAACGGAAGACGACAACUGUCUACUGGAUAGAUACUGAGAAGUCAAUCAGAAACAAACCGCAAUAACAGAAAGACGGGAAAGGAGCCGUCCCAUUUUAGAUAGUGGUGUUUUUUUUAAGUCAGGCUGGCCAAAGAUACUGACAUGGCAGAAGAGACGAAUCACACCUCGGAGGCCCAGGAGACACAGACCAACGGAGAACAACACAGCCCAAAAGAUUCCCCUGUCCUGGGGAACAUGGUACGCACCGAGCUGGAAUGGGACGUGCCCAUGAGUGUCCCUUUGCCCAUCGAGGUCAUCAGUGCUGACCAGCCUUUCCCGUUCCUGGACACCACCCUGGCAGACCUGGGCAUCGAAGAAUCCGCAGUGAAGGAGCGGGUGGUGUGGGUGGACACCAAGCGGACACAGGUGAAGAGCAAGUCAGGCAAACUGAAGGAGAAGGAAAUCACCAUCUUGGAGGUACGGGUCAAGGCUCAGAUCCCCGGAGACAAGAAGACCCAGGAGGUACUCUACAGCACCGAGUCCCACACGGACCGCUCCUUCUGUCGGACCGGAGUGGACAUCCUGCCCUGGAAGAGUCGCACACAGACAGAGGAGAACGGCUUCCAGCCAGUAGAGAUGACCAUGGCCUUGGACAUCGAGUCACAGCCCAAACAGGACAUUCGAGAGGUGUGA